AUGCGUGGAUUAUUAGCCGCUCUAUUAAUGUUAUGGAUUAUUUUUUACGACAUGGAAUAUUCGAUUCUACAGCAGACAUCAACAAAAAAACUAAAAAUUCGCAAAUUAAUUCAUGCGCUUUUACUUGGUGUGAUAUCUGUUGAAACACUACGUUAUGCUGCUGCCGUUCAACUUUGGCCCGGAACGUUCAAAGAUUUAUUAGAAAAAUUGAACGAAGAUGCAUUGUAUUUUUCAAUAACAAUACCGGCUUGA